ACUAAUGACACCAGACGAAGAAGUUCACUGUUGCAGUUGCACUUCGGGAAGGAAAAGAUGGCGUUCGCCGGGGCUGCUCGCCAGAAGUGAAGCUGCUGUCAUCGGGGCUAUUCUGUCCGUUCAUUACUCAUAUAGCAAGCAACCAGACUAUCGUACUUCAACAUUUUACGAGUGCGGAUGUUUGCAAACUAUGAGAGCGAAUGGCCCAGGGCUAGCAGGGAGCUAGCAGUAGCUGCACUCAGGCUUCGUUUCUCUAGUUGAACACCUCAGAUUGCCUUAGAGAAAAAUGUGUAGUGAGUGCUGCUGCCCCUCUGGGCCAGCUUCUGGACUAUGCUGCGUCUCCUCUCUGGCUGGAAGCUCCUGAGCUCCGGCAGCCUUCACCUCCCCUCCUCCCCCUCCUCCCUCCGCACCCUCCCCCGCCUCGGGCCCCUCCCCCGGGCCGCCAUGUACACCACGCGCCUCUACAGCUCUGCCGGCGCCGGUGGGGGUGGUGGGCCAGCCGGGGGUAAGCCGGCCCGCAGGACACAGCUCUCAGCGGGUGGAGGCGGAGCUAUGACCAUGAUGGAGAACCACCACCACCACCACCACCACCACCCCUCCGCCCAGAGCCCCGCCUACCCCCUCUACCAGGGCCGCGCAGAGCCUCACCGCGGGCCCCACUUCCACGGCCACCACCCACCCCACCACUACCACCCCCACCCCCACCACGCCCCGCCCCCUGCACACCUGGCCCCGCCCACACACCUGGCCCCUCCCCUAGUCCCACCCCCGCACCUCCACCACUUCCAGCAGCAGCACGCCCACCUGCACCACCACCACUACAGCCACGGGCCCGCCCUGGGCGGUGGCGGCGGCCUGGCCUCGGGGCGCAAGAAGACGUGGAACUUCAUCCAGGAGAAGAUGAGCUACGACACGUUCUUCACCCUCAAGCGGCUGAUCGAGCGCUCGCACCGGCCCGACGAGGUGCUGCGCUGGGUCACCCAGAACCCGGGCAAGAUCUCCCACAACCACUACCCCAUCGCCCUGCACAAGAUCAGCCAGCUGCUGCAGGGCGGAGGCGGCGGCGGCCCAGCGGCGGGGACGGGAUCCUCCACCGCCUCCGAUGGCGGCGGGGCUCCGGCAGGGGCGGCGUCUUGCCCUCCCGGAGCGGGAGGAGCGGAGGAGAGCGAGGGGCGGGACAUCCUGGAGCAGCAGGACUUCCAGACGCUCUGCGACGACAUCAUCGGCGACUGCGCCAAGUUCGACAACUUCAGCGUGGUCAACUGUCUGUACGCCGUGGCGGCCCUCGGCCUGCCCAGCGACUGCAGGGUGGUGGAGGUGCUGGAGGCAGAGUGCCAGGCCCGGCUGGGCCAGUUCAACCAGAAGGACGUGUCCAUGGUGUUCAGCUCCAGCAUGAAGCUCCACCUGGGCCGCCAGCACCCGCUGACAGAGGCCUGCCUGGCGGCGCUGGAGAAGAACCUGGAGCGCGAGCGCCACCCCCAGACCCUCUUCCUACUGCUGUCCUACUACCGGCUGAAGCUACGCACGCUGCAGCCACCAGAGGGCGCCAACGGCCCGGCCGCCUCCAGCCCAGAGCUGCUGCUAGCUAACAGGAAGAUCCUGCGCCUGGUGAAGCACACGCUGGCGAGCGUGAGCGGCGUGCGGGAGCAGGAGAUGGCGCUGCUGGACGAGAUGCUGGCGGCGUGCGUCCGCGAGGCCAGCAACAAGAGCCUGGAGCUCAUCUUCAGCUCCCACCUCUUCUACCAGAACCGCCAGGAGAGGUUCAUCGCCAGCCUGGCCAAGGAGCUUCCUAAGAAGGUGGACAGCAUCACGCCCUACACCAUGGCCCUCAUCGCCAAGUACGUGGCCCGCCACCGCCUGCGGGAGACCCAGUUGCUGGACACCAUCGCAGACUUCCUGGUCAAGAAGGCAGAGUACCUGGACAGCAAGGUGAUCCAGAAGCUGGUGUUCCCCUUCAGCAGGAUGAGCUACCGGCCGGCCAACGAGCAGCAGCUCUUCUCCAAGCUGGAGGUGGUGCUGGAGCUGAAGGCGCUGAGCUCGCCGCUGGCCACCGUCAACAUCCUCAUGUCCCUGUUCCAGCUGGGCCACUUCCCCUCCCUAGUGCUGCACCGCGUCUUCUCCCCCAGCUUCAUCAGCAACGUCACCAACAGCCCGUACGCGCUGAUCGUGCGGCGCUAUCUGUCCCUGCUGGACGCCACGGUGCAGCUGGAGUACCGGGACUACACGGGCCCCCGCCUGCAGGACGCGCACAAGGUGCUCAUGUUCGACCACGCCCUCACCGCCGACGAGGUCAACCGCAAGUACAGUUAUAAGGGUCUGGUGGCUGAAGCGCUGAGGCAGCUGGUGGGAGAACAGAGCUACAAGCAGGACGAGGUGCUGGCUCCAGGAUACUACACAGACUUCCUGAUCUUAAUGGACGCGUCAGGGCGGAUCCUCCCCGUUCGGCCCGGAGCCGGCGUGCCCCCGCCCGCCUGCGUCGCCGUGGCUACGCCCAAGGCCGACGGUGCGGUUUCCAUGACAACGCUGACCUCGGACUUCCAGAAGUUCUCCCCGUUCAGCCCGCUGAAGGGGGAGGGGCCGGACCCGGAGGGGGCCGUCCCGGAGGCCUUCCUCCCGCUGCACCUCCGCGGCUCCCCGGGCCCCAACGGCGCCGGGGGCCUGGCGGAGUACGGCUCCUACUACGCCUCGGGGCCCGACUACUACUCCGGCCUGGCCAAGGACGCCUCCCUGGAGAGCCAGGACAGCUCCACGCUGAGCAGCCCCCCCUCCGACAGCCUGGCCCCCCCGCCGCCGCCCGGGGCCCCGGGGCCCGACUCCCUCUUCCAGUUCUCCAUUGGUCAGAUCCUGGAGGAGGAGGAGUCAGGGGGAGUGGCGGCUCCCCCCUCCGGGCAGGAGGCGGACUGCGAGCUGCAGGGGUUCUACGAGGGCGUGGCCUAUUCUGAGAGCUCCGCCUCCGAGGGGCCGGCCACAGCCCCCCUCUCCGGGGGGCACCCUGCGGAGAGGAGCGAUGCGGACGUCGCCGCCGGUGACCUACGGGCCAUCCGCAGGGUGGUGAUGUCUGUGAACGACAAGUGGCACUACUGUCACAACUCAGUGGUGCUGGUGGGCUCACGCGCCAUGAGGGACCGCCACCUGCAGCUCCUCGGCUACAUCAUCCUACAGCUGCCCUACCAGGAGCUGGAGAAGCUCAACGGCAUCGAAGAGGUGAAGCAGUACCUCCACAAGAAGCUGCUCUCGGUGCCCUUAUGACAGCAGACCGGCCGGGGGGAGGGGGGGGGGGGCAGAUGAGGGGGCUGCUGGUGGUAGUUUGAAUUUGAGAUUAAAGGGGGUUUAUAGAAUCAUGCUCUUGAUAAGAGGGACAUUUUUCUAGAUGGUUGACAACUAUCUUGUGUUCAGCCGAGUAGAAAUGUUAUAUUUCAGGGGGAUAAAAAAAAAAAAAAAAGGAAUAGCAUUUGUUGUUUUAACCGCCAUCCUGUCCAGAGACAGCGGGUCCGAGACGGAUUAGCACUGCGGCGGCGGUUAGCGUAGCACAAACCGUUCUCGUCCGUCUGCGACGGAACCUCGCAGCUCAAUAAUCCAACAAACUAAUGUUUGUGGCCGGGAGUUUUUAACGUGACAGGUAAACCAUUUGUCUCAUGACAUAAAAAACAAACAUGUAUUUGAUAUUCUAGGGACAAAAA